ACUCCUCUAUAAAUAGCCCCAAAUAUAGUAAUCCAACAUACUUACAUCAAAUUAGUGAGACAAUGGAUUUUGAAAGAAUGAUCCUAAUUGUAGUUUUGUGUCUAUGUUUGGCAAGUAGCUAUCAGGUGAAUGGAACUCGAAUUGCAUCCAAAGAAGAGGAAUUGGAGUUAGAAAGACAACUAAAGCUCAUAAACAAACCUCCUGUUAAAAGCAUUCAGACGGAGUUUGGAUCUAUUGUUGACUGUGUCGAUAUCAAUAAACAAUUGGCUUUUGACCAUCCUUUGUUGAAAGAUCACAAGAUCCAGGAAAGACCUCGUUUUGCACUAAGAAGAAUAAAGAAUGCAGGUCUCUCACGAAAUAAACAUUCAUUGAUUGGUUUAAUGAAAGAUGCUUGUCUGUUAGGAACUGUCCCUGUUCGUAGGACAACAAAAGAAGACCUCAUAGCAAUCAGGUCAAUGUCAAAUAACAUUUAUCCUCAAACAGCAGACUCUCGCGGUGUUUAUGGUGCAAUGAUCCAAAUGCGAUACUUACCAGGUCGUAGCUACACUAGAGUUCAAGGAAACAUCGCUGUCUAUAAUCCUAAUGUUAAGCAGGGAGACAGCUAUGCAGCAAUACAGAUCAUUAAUGGCGAAGAAUAUAAAACGAAUGCUAUCAAUACGGGAUGGAUGGUUUCUCCAACAAUAUACGGUGGUGCUAAGUAUUCUAUUUUUUUUACACAUUGGACAACUGACGGUUCUAAAACGACAGGCUGCUUGAAUCUUAAUUGCCCAGGUUUUGUGCAAAUUGACAGAAGAGUUUAUCCCGGGGCACCUAUAACUAAUGUAUCCAUUCCUUACGGUCCUCAUUUUGAGAUUGCAGUCUCUAUUUUUAAGGAUCUUUUUGGCAGUUGGUGGGUAUCAUACGAUGGUAUUAAUAUUGGAUAUUAUCCAGCAAAGAUAUUUAACAAUUUCGCUAAUCCUCAAAUUGUUGGUUGGGGAGGUGUCGUUGUCACUCCUAAUCCCCCAACUGGAGUUAGCCCACCCAUGGGAUCUGGAGUAUUUCCAGACCGCAAGUAUGAGCAUUCAUGUUAUAUUAGAUUUGCUCAAUAUACAAAUAAUUUAGGAAUCGAAGAUGGGCCUCAUGGUGAUAAUUAUGAGAAAAUUAUUGAUUGUCCUAGCCAUUAUAGCGUAAGGGAUCCUGUAUAUCGUGGGAACCUGGGAUACACCUUCGAUUUUGGUGGCCCAGGUGGAAAAUGUGGCAGUUAAAAUAUUUAAUUAUUAAGUUUUAAUAAAUAGUA